UUUUCCAACAGGCUCAAAGUUAGCCAUCAACAUAUCCAAUCUACAAGAUUGUGCUGCUCUCAUUGAAGGCUUUCAGAACAGAACAAGAAGAAUCCAGUUUGAUUUUUUUUUUUUGAGAAGAAGUGAGAAGUAACUCAAGAARAUGACUCUGAUGAUGUUUUUUAUAAUGUUUAUCAUGGAAUCUGCCACUGAGAAGCUGUGCCCCCUUCGUGCCUCCAUUGAUGUUCUAGAAGGGGAAUAUUUUUUCCUUUGUUAUGUUGAGUCAAGGCAAGAACAUUUUCAGGAAGAAGGAUACAUAAUAAAUUGGUACAAAGAAAGUGCUGGAAAGCAGCAACUGAUAAAGGAAACACACAGAAUUGUUUCACAAAGGAAUUUUCUGGAGUUUUGGCCAGUUGAACUCAGUGACUCUGCGAAUUACUCUGUCACUCACAGCAAUGGAAAACAAAAUUUCACAAUUCAAAAGUGGACCCUGAAUGUACUWGAAAGAAAUAAAAGCAGCUGUUUCAACAGAAAUCAUUUAACUACAGAAAUUAAAAGUGCUGGAACUGGUCAUUCACUGAAAUGCAAUGAUUUAUCUGUCUAUGAAAAUGACAGCRUAACAUGGUACAAGGACUGCAAGAGCUAUGAACAUGAAACAGAGAGGGAACUAAAUUUUAGAACCUUAACAGCACAGCACUCUGGGAUAUAUACCUGUAAAAUAUUAAUCAGUCAUGAAGGAAAGAUAUACCCCAGCACAAACACAAUUAAGCUUAUAGUAGAAGAAGAUGCACCAGAGGCUGUAACUUUGGAGAUAGUUGGACUUCAUGAAGAAAUUGAAACAGAAAUAGGUAAAGAAGAAAUACUCAAUUGCACAGGUUUCUUGGGUUACUAUAGGCAAGAAGAUGCCAGCCUCUACUGGUUAAUUAACCAAAAKUUUCCAGAUAAAUGCACAGGUAUCCCUGAGAAUGAACCUUCAAUAUGUGAAGAAGAAAAAGAUUUACCGUUGGGAAACAAGUUCUACGUCACAAGGCUACUACGAAUUAAAAAUGUAAGAGAUGAGGACAUGCAUAGUAAUUUCACCUGCAUGUUGCAAGCUGAUGAAAGCACACAGAUAAAAAUAGUAAAACUGAAGAAAGGGAAAGCCCGAGACCUGCCUGUGCAUGUAUUUACAACUGGAAUGGUCCUUGCUCUGCUAUUUCCAUUUGUUGUGGUAGCUGUGGUGUUUGUGUUUGUGAUGUUUAGGGUCGACUUAGUUCUGUUUUACAGACAUUUAUGCAGAAGAGAUGAUACUGCUGGAGAUGGAAAAGAAUAUGAUGCAUUUGUGUCUUACCUGAAAGACUGUGCUUCUCCCAUUGAAGAAGAGAGAGAAUUUGCUUUGAAGAUAUUGCCCACGAUAUUAGAAGAAAACUUUGGGUACAAGUUAUGUAUAUUUGAGAGGGAUGUAUUCCCUGGAGGAGCACUUGUUGAUGAUAUCCAUUCAUUCAUUGAUAAAAGCCGAAGAUUAAUCAUUAUACUGAGCCAGAACUACAUUUCUGACAGAGCCAUAUAYGAACUUGAAAGUGGACUGCAUAAAGCCCUGGUUGAAAGAAAAACUAAGAUCAUAUUAAUUGAAUAUAUGCCUAUAAGUGACUACAAUUUCUUGCCAGAAUCACUGUCACUUUUACCAUCAAAGAGAGUGGUGAAGUGGAAAAAGGAUAAAUCUCUUCCUGUGAAUUCCAGAUUCUGGAAGAAYCUUCGUUACCUGAUGCCAGCAAAGCCUAUCAAGAUAAAGACCAAAGAGCACUUCAAUAAUCUUGAUUUAGGCUCAGGAGCUCUUCAACCAUAUACUGAGGGCUGUGACUUCAAUGCUGUCAUAUAACAAUUCUGGAGCCAGAAGAUGUAGAGGAGAACAGUGCAUUUUUCUGACUAAUAGACCUAAAUAAAYUAAUAUUUUGGGAAAUAAUUGAUUAGGUUGCCAACUCCAAGAUCUGAUAAGAAUGUAGAAGUUACUGCAGUGUCUAGGAUGACCCCAAUUGUUAAUUCCUAUCCCAGAGAAGGUUUCCUCAGUAAUCUGCACAAGGAGCAGAACUCUUAUUCUCCUUAGGACUUAGCACAUGGCAUGAAGCACAAUGAAAAACAUUUUUUUCCACAUUUUUCAGCAAUGUAGAAUGAUACUAGAUUUACUUGCAGACACUUUUUGAGGCCCRUCAGUAAAAAAUCAGUACUUGCAAUCUCUUAUUAAUAUUUAAAUGGUCUUUGUUUUGUAUUUUGGCAUUUUCCUGAUUGAAUGCAGACCUGUCCUAAAGAGUUUGGCACGCAGGCUUUGGGCAGUGUCAUACAGGAAAAGAAAAAAGAGAAAACAGGGAAAAGGGAAAGAGUAGGGCAGUUUUGGUUGGUUUAACAGUACUUACUACUGACUUGUAGGUGGUCUAGACAAGCAAAGUUGGAGUCAUUUGGAGGAAUGRUAAAGACUGUUUACAUCCUGUUACACUGAGAAAAAAUUAAAUGCUCAUUUUGUCAGGGAGAAGAGGUGGGUGGUAUAGAAAUGAUGAUAUAAUGGACAUUGGUACCACACUGGAACCAAUUACCCAGAGAGAUUGCRGAGUCUCCCUYGCUGGAGAUAUUCUGGAACAGACUGAACACAAUCCUGUGCAAYGUGUUCUAGGAUGACCCUGUCUGAGCAGGSAGAUUGGACCAGAUGCRUUCUGUGAUUCUAAUUCUGUUACCCUGAGCUGCCUUUAGCUAAGGCAUUUAGGGGAUUUAGGUGAAAAUGAGAUCUUUGGUGUGUAUAUGUACUCCUAACCCUUUGGAACUCAUGCACUUACUAUUAUUUUUUAAAACAAACAUAGUAAUGCCAUUCAAAACUAUGCUAAUCCUCCCUUAUUAUCAGCUGCCUAACAGGARAUACCGAUCUGACAUAAAUUCCUGGGUAAAAUAGAACCCUAUUUCCACCUAGUACMAGUGGGGAGAAGUCAGUCGAGAGCCAUUUUGGAAGAUCUUUUGUCAGGUUGCUAGGAGAGCAUCAAGGCUCUGCCCACUCUUGUCAUUGUCUUGCACCCCAUUGCUACUGGUUCUGAGGAGGCUUCUCKUUUACAAUGACACUUAAUUCAUGCAGCGGUAAUGGAGGAGCUCCUUUACCUUCUCAGUGCACUUGCAAACGCUGUUGGAGUGCUGAGUAUCCAGACAAUGUUUCAGGAUUCAUGAGAAUGAAAUACGUUGUUGUUUGUCAAAUAUCCUUUAAUCACGCAUAGUUUCUGGCAGAUGUUUAGGUAAAAGAAUAGGAUAAGUAUUGAUUUCCAAAAUGGAAACAACACUGUUGAUAGGUUAACAGGAAAGGAACAAAGGAAUAAGACAAACCUGUAGUGAUCUUCAGAUCAGCUCUAAGAYGUCUCCUUUCUGUCAGACAACUAAAAAGCUGUGUAAAUGUGAUACUUAGGCAAAAGCCAUUCUCUGGUGUAAGCUUUAACUGAAGAGGAUUUCUCCCCUGCAGACAUUUGUGCCUUUACAUUUUCAAAUCUCAAAUCUUUGGCARUAUUCUGCUCUUCUCUGCCAGCAGUCACAGAUAAUGUGRUUUCUAGUCACAGA